AUGAGAGAUGCUAGUGAAAUGCCACCAACUCCUUCAGCUUCUUUUGAAGACAAAGGAACAGAUGAUUUCUUGCAUGACCAGGAUGACAAGCCUGUCAAAUUUGGCAAAAUUGUAGAUCCUCAUGUGCUGGGCUGCUGUGAAUUCUGUGGAGGUCCAGUAAAGAGGCGUCGCUAUUGUUCUCCUCUGAAGCGAUUCUGCUCUAAGGGUUGCUCUCGCAGUUCUAGAAAAGCCAACCAAAAGGUAUGUGAUUUUUAAAAUUAUCAUAAAAUAGGAAACAGGACAUUGCCUGGAAUGAAAGAACAUCAGACAAAAUUAAAUGCGACCAGAGCAAGUCUCUAUUUGUCAGCCUGAGUUCUCCCAGGUGUUGUAGAGCUGGCAAACACAAAACACAAACAAAAAACACAAAAGCUGGUGGGAGGGGGGGGGGAGGAGGGGGGGAGGGGCACUGGCUUUCCUCACACCAUCCCUUUCUUUUGGGAUGUUUGAUAUAUCUGUAUCUUUCAGAAGAAAGAGGAUGAAGACAACGGACAGGACUCUGACGAAGGAAGCACCACAGGAGGUUUGUUUCUCUUUUUGUAAGUUUCUGGUAUGUCAUAAAAGAUGUUCAGAAUUACAAUGUUAUUGCUUUAACUUUGUGUUGGUUCUUAUACUGGUUUAUUGUGUAAAUACACCAAAUUCACAGUCAUUUAUUUAUCAUUUCAUGGGUUUAUUUGGAACCAACAUAGUUACCAACUCCCUCUUGGCUUGUUUGCUCAGUUGGCAGAACACUGCACUGGUAUUGUAGAGGUCAUGGGUUCAAAUCCCAUACAGGUCUGAAUGUUUUUUAGGCCUUAUUUUCACUGCUGCUUUUAUUGUUCAUUACUGCAAAGACUGCAUUAGUGAGAAACACUUACAAGCUAGUUUUCAGGUACUGCACAGAAAAUUAAAUGAAACAGAGCAAAAUACAAUGAAUAAAUGUAAUAUCAUCUAGUUCCCUUUUGAUAUGAUUCACUGUAGUGAUUGAAGUACUUUUAAAUAAAAUCACCCUUUUUACAAAUUUUGAUGUGGAUUGGAUAAGAAUAGCUGAUCUAACUUAUGUAUCUAAUUUUGAAAUUCUGCAGUCACUGAAGGUGAAACUCCCCAUAAAUUUACUUGGAGUGAUUAUAUGGAAGCAGCUUUAAGCAAAGCUGCCCCUGAUUGCUGCUUCAAACAUGUGAGUAUGCAUGAUUAAAUGAAUAUAAAAUGUGAAGUGUUUGAUUGCAUGGUGUUUCUCGUUAUAACCCACCUACUAAUUUUUGCAUAAUUCUCUUGGCUGCUUUACGCGAUGUGGUGCCAAAUUACUAGAUGGUUAUCAUGUGAUAAUCCCCAUCUACAUGAAUAAGAGUCCUCAGGUUAUUUUUGGUUUAUGUACUAAUAGUUGAUUUUACAGUUGUGUGCUUGGUUGCCAAGCUUUUGAACAGGAGUGAGGCUAAAGUUGACCUUGUUAUGAUAUAAACAUUGCUGCUUUUCAAAUGUAACUUAAUUUAUUAUCAUGCUAACUAGAUACUGGUCUCUAUUACAACAAGUUCACCUUCAGCCUCACUCCAGAUCAAAGGCAGGGCUACUAAGUACACAAUUGUAAAUUGGCCUAUUAGAGGGUCAUUCUGAGGAGGAUCAUGUGUAUGAUGGUAUUUAAUCAAUGCUUAAAGUCUUGGUAUUGCAGAACAUGUAAAUUCCUUAAAAUAUCAGUACAAUUCCCUCAAACAACAGGCUUGUAGACAAGAAAGUGGUCAACAGGUUAAGAUUAGAACUCAAAUAGAUUUGGUACAGAAAUUUUGUUCCCAUCUCCUUUACAGAUGGGCCACAUAGCUUAACCACAGAUCAGCACCAGCAGUUAUAGGCCAAUUUAAUCUUUCAAAUUAGCUCUCUUAAAUCCCAUGGUAUCUAUGAAUGCUUUUCAUUCAACUAAUUUGUUCUUGUUUUUCAUGUUACCAUGUUCCUGUUAGUAGGGUACCUCUAGUUUUUUAGGGACAUAAAACACACACAAACUGCUAUUUUUCUAUUUGCUCCAACGAAAGGCUAACAUUCAAAAUGUCUUUAUCAACUCACUGACGUAGUAGCUCACAGUUUCUUUAGAAACUUACCCCAAAUGUUUGAUUUUUAAAUCCCCUUCAUCCUCAACAGACAACUGUGGAUGUACCAGGCCUUAAACCAGGAAUGAAACUUGAAGCUGUUGACAGGAACAAUCCCCCUUCGUUUUGUGUUGCAACAGUCAUUCAACAGGUUGGGCACAGGGUGCGUAUACGUUAUGAUGGCUUUGGAAAGGACAAUAGCAAUGACUGCUGGUGUAAUUUCCAAGCAGAGGAGUUACAUCCCAUUGGUUGGUGUGCACAGAAUGGCUAUCCUCUCCAACCACCCAAAGGUAAGAUCUAAGUAUCAUCUCUGCCAUUAUUCCUAGACCAAGGGUCUCAGUGCUGGCAGUAUCAGAAGGUGAUCAGAAGGCAGAGAUGGAAAUGGAUAGGGGCACACCCUUUGCAAACUAACAUCAAGUGUCACAAAGACAGGCCCUCUGCUGGAAUCCUCAGGGUAAGAGAAAGAGAGGACAACCAAGGAAGACCUGGCAUCAUGACCUCGAGGCUGACAUCAGAAAGAUUGGCCACUCAUGGUGCCAAUAAGAAAGGAUGGCCCAGAACAAAGAUCUCUGGCAGACUAUUGUUGAUGGCCUAUGUGCCAGGUGGAGCAAUGGGCUUAGAUUGGUGGAUAGAUAGAUAGAUAGAAGGGUUUUAGUAAAAGCUAGUUCCCAGUCAGGUUUAAUUUCUACCGUUUUCUUGAGAAAUGAGCAGUAGUGGGCAAUCAAGCCAGUUAUCAUCUGUCAACCAGUUCUUACAAAGCCUUGUACAAUCUAGCUGAUUAAAUGAUUCCUGUUCUCUUUUGAGUUAUUCAUUUUAUUUUUGGCUCAUUAACAUUCGUAUUUUUGAUUAUCUGAACUCUUGUUUAUCCAUACUGGUAGGUAUAAACAGUACUCUUGAAGACUGGAGGACAUUUUUAACUCAGACUCUCACAGGAGCUCUGGCUGCACCUCAUGAUCUGUUUAGAAAGGUGUGUGACUGUCUUAACCCUUUAACUCCCAAGAUCUCAUUAGUAAUUCUCCUUACUGUCUGCCAUACAAUUCUUGUGAUGUUAGUGUGGAGAAUUUGUUAUUGGAUCAACUUGUAAUCCCCUAAUUGAUAUUUUUCUCUCUUCUUGUCACUUGUCUGCUUGAUAUUGUAUUGAUAUUGUAAAGAGAAAUUCUGUCUCGGUCACUCACAGGAGUUAAAAGGGUUACUAAACUGUAAAUAUCAUAUAAAAGCCUUUGUCAAAAUAGUUUACAGGCCUGAAUUUUUUCAGGCUUCAUUAUUACUUCUGCUUAAGCAGUAGUCAUUACUAUGAUGAUAGCUUUCAUAUUCAUUUCUUAAAUGGCAGUUUGCAUAUAUGAUUUUCACAUGUUCACGGUCAUUGAUUCAUCACUUCACAGGUUUAUCACAAAGCAACAUAAUAACCAGCUCCCAGUUGGCUUGUUAGCUCAGUUGGUAGAGCACUGCACCUGUAUUGCAAAGGUCAUGGGUUCAAAUCCCAUGCAGGUCUGAAUUUUUUUCAGGCCUUAUUUUCACUAUUUCUAAUAAGUAGUGUUCAUUACCACAAAGAUCACUUUCAUAUUCAUCAAAAUAGUUUUUUUUUUGCUAAUUAGGCAAACAAUUGUUAUUUUCUUGCAAUAAAAUUCAUUUUAUUGAUGUGAUUUUCAGAGUGGUCCUGAUGAUAAACCCAGGCAUAUCAAAAUGAAUUAAAACUUGGUUCAAUAAAAAGUUACUUGUCAUAAUUGUGCAAAUCAACAUGUGUUAAGAAAAACAUAAACCCAAAAACCCAAGUGCUAAAAACACUAAGAUAGAUUGUAUUAAAGUCUCUAUCAUGAAUAUUGUUUGAAAGACUUUGGAAUGGAUCCUUUUGAUAGUUUUUGGUUUGAAAUUAUGUCUUAUUUUUAUCCUGUGAGACUAAGAUACCUAACACUGAGUGUGAAAGGUAUAUUUCAAGCAAGAAGGCCAUUCAGGCAUCUUGGUUUCUUUUAGUAGGUAAAUUCCAUUAUUUAGGGGCUGCAACAAAAUAAUAGAAAUUAUAAUUAUAAUUUUUUUUUCUUUCAAUUUUUCAUUUGCCACAUAGACUCAAGAACACUUCCAACCAAGAGUUCAUGGGUUUGAAAUUGGCAUGAAAUUAGAAGCUGUUCACCCGAUGAAGCCAUCAAUCAUCUGCCCUGCAACAGUCACCAAGAGCUUGGGACCCUACUACUUUGCUGUUACUACGGACUACCAAGAAGGUGUGCCCGCAGUCACAUUUUGUUGCCAUAGUGACUCUCCAGGGAUUUUUCCUGCAGGCUGGUGUUCCAGACACCAAGUGGAUUUGUCUGUUCCUGGAAGUAAGUGUUAACUGUUUAACUCCCAAGAUCUGAUUGUUAAUUCUCCCCUCCACCUUUACACAAUUCUUGGUGAAUUUGGUAUUAGAUCACGAUAACAACUUCUGCCUGAUAAGUUUUGGUAUUCUCAUUUGCCGAUUGCUAGAUACUGUAAGGAUAUUAUAGGGAGAAGUUUUAUGUUAAUCACUUCAGGGCGUAAUAAGGUUAAGUGUUGUAAGGUAGAGAUUUCUAUUUGUGGGCCACCCAUUCAAGUGUGUGGAGACAGGGGGCAACAGGAGCAAGGAGAGGAAAGUUUCAGUGGUGGGAAGGGAUAACUUUAUAAGGGUGGGGAGCAGGAAGGAAGUCAAUUAUGUGAUGUUGUGUUUAUCAAGGAGAUAUUGGAACAGGGUAUGGGAAAAAGAAGCAGAUGUUUCACCUCACUGAGGUGUUGUGUAUCCCAUUGUGAGUGGUAGCCCUUAAAUUCACUCUUACAUAAUCAGGGUUCUUGUGCAAUUGUUUAUGUUUCAGGCUACACCAAAAAGACCUUUGCAUGGGACAAAUAUUUAACUGUAUGCCGGUCAACUCUUGCCCCUGCUCAUCUGUUUCGGGUAGGUUUAGUAUUUUUCCAUAUGACGCACAAGACUUCUUUUUUCCUUUGCCACUAUUUUUUAGUCUUCUUUUUAUCUUGCUGAACUUUGAUAUCUCUUCAUCCAGAAAAUGAAAGCCCAUAAAUUCAAACCUGGGAUGAAACUAGAAGUGGUUGACCUAGAGAAGCCACACAUCAUUCGAGUGGCCACCAUAACAAACAUCAUGGGUCGUAUGCUGCAGCUUUUCUUUGAUGGACAAUCCAAGUUCCAGUUUGUGGAUUUUGAAUCCCCAGACAUAUACCCCAUUGGCUGGUGUAAAAGAACUGGACACAUACUUCACACUCCAUUUGGUACAAGUAAGUGUAUUGUUUACUUUUCUAGUCAUUGGCCUGGGGGAGUGGAGUUUUGUGAGCACUAACAACAGGCUCCUUAGGGUGGUUGAGUCACUGUGUCCUUGACUGCAAUAGCUGAGGAAUUUGUGUGCACUUAGAAGGCCAGUGCUAAGUGUCAUAACAGAGAAAACCAGCAUUGAAGCUUCAAGUGGUUUGGGACACUAAACCAUAUGCUCUGUUGGCUACAAAAGUCUGUGAAAUUUCUUUGUUCUUUUGUAGAAGGCAUGACAUUAUGCUGUUUUGGGGAACAGUUUCUUCUCAAAAUUUCCAAUAUUAAGUUAUGGAUGUCUAGGUGUGACUCUGUCUCUGUUCCCUGUGUAGUAAGUAAAAUCAGCAGAAAAAAAAAUUGGUGCCACAUUAAGAGUGGAGGGUAUGAGGCAGCUAGAACACAGAGUUGAGUCAAUGACAUAUUUGUAAUUACUGGGCUUCAAUUUUUUAGAAUGUUUCUCUUUUAUUAAUUGCUUAUGUGUACUUUUUCGUUCCUUUUUUCCUAGUUCCUUCUGAUGCAUCCAGGUCAGUUUAUAGGCUUUCUUUUCCUAAUUGCAGUUUAUUUGCAUUCUACAGCAUCCUGAAUAUCAUGCAAUUGCAUGGAUGCAUUAUUUAACCCAUUAAAUCCCAGAGGUGAUCAACAUGUAACUUCUCCCCUAUAAUAUCCAUACAUUACACAGCAAACAGGUAAUGAGAAUACUCGAACAUAUCAGGUAGAGAUUGUUCUCUUGAUCUAACACCAAGUUCUUGUAACUAAUUUAAAAGGAAUGUGUAACAGCUAGAGGGGAGAAUUAACAAUCAGACUUUGGGAUUUAAAGGGUUAAGUUCUUUUGUUUGAUAUGUUUUGACUGAUGAUGUUUGGUAUCUAAACAAGAGUUCCUUUGUCUUUCACAUGCUAAUCCUCAAGUUGCUCAAAAUAGCCACAUUUCUCCAGCUAUCAGUUACCUUUUUUCCCUGAAAUUAAAAUGGCAGAUUUUAGGGGCAUAAUCAUCUUCUUUUUUGUAACACCCUUUACCCUUUAACUCCCAAGAUCUGAUUAUUAAUUCUCCCCUCUAGCUGCUACACAAUUUCUGGUAAAUAAGUGAAGAGAAUUUGAUGUUAGAUCAAGACAACAGCUUCUACCCAAUAAGUUUGAGUAUUCUCAUAACCUGUUUGCUGGAUACUAUGUGGAAAUUAUAGGGAGAAUUUACAUGUUAGUCAUCUCUGAGAGGUAAAGGAUUAAAGAAAUUUUGAGUGAUAACCCAAGGAUGUUCAGGGUGGGUAUGGAUGUGUGUUAAGCUCUCAAUACAUGUUUUGGCCUCUUACUGUAAUUUCCGGCCGUUUACCCGCGUGUAAUCUGUUGAUUUUGCAUUAAACGCGCGCCACUGCGGGUAAUAGGGAGGUGCGGGUUGUGUGACAGUUCGAAAAUCUACAGGUAGUUGAAUUGAAAAAAAUUAUCACCUACAUGCGUUUCCACCUCUCAAAUGAAUUUUAUUGAAUUAAGAGUGCCACGAAGCGGCACGAAAACAUGAUGCCGACUCGAGUUUAUUUCACGCAUAAUUAGUUGCGUGACGAACAAAUUGUUAUCGGCACGCGUGAAAACAAAACCUUGAUGGUGACAAAAAUAAUCCAAAGACAUCCCGCGCAUCAGUAACAAAUUUCCAUUGAGCACUAGCUUGAGCUAAAGAGAAUUUUCACGUUUUAAGGGACUUGUUAGGCUCAAUAGAACCGGAGAUAUCUAUUUUUUUCAGGAAUCGCCGACCCAGCUUUCUUUCAACAAAUCAACAUGGCGCUGAACGAUCGCUCGCACAAAAUGUGGCCACAAAUUCGCAUUCUGUCAAGUAUAAAACGUUGAGAUUUGGGCAUGGGCCGCUAGUGUUUUUACUGUAUAAUUUCAUCAAUAAAGUACAUGCUAAUAUUGACACAGAAUUGUGCACGCGUCUGAAUUUCUUUGACCUUUAAACUGGACAAAGAAGCUUUCAAGCUUUCGAAAGUUAGAUCAGACAACUUUUAAAAGACUGAAAUGUAUCACCUUAAUGUCACGUUUUCGCCACCAAAAAGGUUGAGUAACAUAACGUGCGGGUUAUCCACCGGUGCGGGUAAUCUGUUGCCUUUUUUUUCGCCGUAUGCAAUAAUCGGCCGGUGCGGGUAAUCGGCCGUGCGGGUAAUCGGCCGGAAAUUACGGUAGUUCUUCCUUAAAUCUAUGGCUCACCUCCUGAGUUGCUUUGAUCUUGUGAAGUUGAGCAAAUCUGUCCAAAUUGGAACAGGCUGAUUUUGCUGAUGAUAAUGAAGGAGGAAUGUGGGUAUUUCAAGCUAUUAACUAGUUGUUUGUAGAAACUACUGCGCUUUUAUAAUAAAAAGUAACUUAACAUCAAAUUAAAAUCCUUUGUCGUCCUCUGGCAUGCAGCUCAGAUGAGGAAGACACUCUAGUACUACCCUCAUUUCUGGAGGUCAUGGGAAGGCAGAACCAAACCCAGUCAGGACAACAAGCCCUGGGUAAGUCAACCUUUUAAUCAAUGUUAACACCUCUGAACUGUUUCUUGUAAUAGGCGCUAUGGCAAGUUUUAAGAAAUAUAUGAAACAAUGAAUGCUUUAGCAACAUUACACAUUCAUGCAUCGUACUGUUCAAUCAUUUUCUCCCUGCCUCUUAUGGUCAACUUUAUUAGUUGUUAGACUCAGCUGUUAAGUUACUAUGUCUUUGGAAAGGAUAUAAGAGACAUUUUAACUCUCUUUUCCCCCCCCUCCCCCCAUAAAGUUUUGCAAAGAGCAAAACCAAUAUUUUUGGUAUCAUUGAAAUUAAGGGAAGGAGUGUUCCAAAUGUUACGUUUGUUUUAUCAAGGAUUGUGGGUAAUAAGACUGGAACCUAGCCAAGGAAUUAACCCUGUACUCCCUGACAUCAGUAUGCCUAUUCUCCACACUGUUCUCUAUAAAUUUCCUAAGGUCUGAUUAGGAUAACUUGUUUAACAAUCAAGAGAUUCUUCUCCUUUUUUCUUGUGACUUUAAUGUUUGAUUCAGGGGUGAUUUUGUGGGGAGAAAUUAGAUUUUAGUCACUCUUAGGAUCAAAGGGUUAAGGAUAUGGUUUAAAUUUGCUUGUUGUGUGCUGGAUUGUUUUUUUCUUCCUACCUUAGUUUAACUCUUGCAGAAAGGGACUCUUCUCUUCAAAAUGAGUAUGAUAAGGGGAAAGCAACUUGGGUUGAUGCAAAGUGUAAGGGUUGUCUGUCUCCUUGACGAAUUGACUGAGAGACAAUCCAAACAAUGGAUGUGUACAUUAGUUGUUGUGAAUAUAUUUUUGAUAUAAAAUGUUUUGCUUUUGCUCACUUUUAGGAAUUUUACCGAGAAAGAUCCCAGCUGUGAGGUUAGGGAAGUUUUCUACUGAUUUGAUUGAUUUUAGCUCAGACAAAAUUCUUUUUUGACUCACCAUGAAUUGCGGGUGCAAAACGCAAGCGAAGUCCUGGGCUCAACCUAAAGUACGUACUCAUCUUGUGAAUGAAAAAUAGGAGAAGCUGGUUGUAGCGGUGACCAGGAAGGUUGGGGGGGGGGGGGUGGGGGUGGUUUUGGCACAACCGGACAGGUACAGAUUGUAGCAUAUUGCCUGGGCCUAUCUAAGCAAUGUGGGGCGGGGGCGAGGGGGAAUUUGGUGUUAUCUGUUUUAGGCUUUAAGACGCAUCUCCGCAAUUCCGUAUUCGUAUGGGCUUUUCCUCCAAGCAAAGAACGAUGGUGUUACUUAUUUGUGUUUGUUGUGCUUACAGCAAAAUUGAAAAAGAUGACAAGUCUCCAGGCGAAGAAAGUGACAUUAGUGAUGAUGACACAGGUAAGAGAUGAUGGAAGAUUUGGGACGCUAAUAUCGAUACGAUAAUCCUGGACUUGGGUCGCUAAUACUAGCACAAAGUUCCUGGACACGUUUAAUCGCGCAAGGCUCAACUGACAGACCAUUUGAACUCUGUGAACUGUGAAAUGCUGUGAAAUUUUCAUGGGAGCCACAGUGUCGUUUAGGUUAUUUUUCCCUCAAGCAGUUUCCUUCGGCACCCAAAUUCCGAAAUAGUAUGGAAAUUUGCCACAGAAUUUUUGAGGAAAAAAAACUAGUUGAAAUUAAGAUAGAACUUGAAGGUUUUUCCUUGUUCCAAGUUGCCGCAAGUGUUGGUUGACAUCUAUGUGACCGGUAGGUAUGUCGACCUAUAACUUUCCGUAUGGUAUGGUCAGAGUUAUUUUUGCGCUGAAAAAAUUGUACAAACCUUGAUUUGGACAUGAGUAUUAGUAUUAAGUAUUAACUCAAGGGGGGAAAAACUCUCUUUGAUGAAACGCCCACAAAAACUUGCUUGAUCCUUUUCUCAAAGACUCUUGCUUUUGUUCAGGGUCAGAACGAUUUUAUCACAACAAGAACCAGAUCUUCUUUAACAAGAGCUGUUGCUAUGGACCCCUGUUAGACCCGGACAAGGUGUCACAACUGCCCGAGGCUACCCCUCCUGGGAAGGUCAGUAGCGUUAUACGCACGGGGCUGGAGAUGGUAGCCAAGGCAGCAUUUGAUCCAGAAAAGGUUAUAGAUUUGAUGCAGGAGGGAUGCGGAGUGCGGGUAGUGGUAAAACACAAAGGCAAGAUUCUUAAAAAGGUAAGAGGGAAUAUGUCUUUUUGACUCUGUUUCCUUACAACACGCUUUCAACGGUGCCUAUCGGAGCAGUGGAAGGGAUGAUUUUUUUUAGCGCGAAAUCGAAUUUUCUGGAGUUUGAUUCUUGUCAGGAAACCCACAAUUUUAAGUUAUUGUAUUAAAAAAAAAACUCUAUGUUAGCGUAUCGAGUGGUAUGUUGCUCGCACCAAUCAGAUCGCUGCAUUUGGGUAUGUAUCUCGCAGCAACCAGAUCUCCGCAUUUGGGUAUGUAUCUCGCACCAAUAAGGUCGCCUCAUUAGGGUAUGUAUCUCGCACCAAUCAGAUCACAGCAUUGGGGUAUGCCUGCACCAAUCAGAGUAUGAAAUUAGAGUACUGCAAAAUUUUGCGAUGGAAUUAACCCAACAUGAACGUGCACCACAAAUGAUAUAUUAACAAAGAAUUGUGAGCUCAUCUACCUACUGUAAUGGUUCGUGUCCUUCGUGAGGACUUCGUCGCUAUGACCUGUCGGGGUUAGAAAGGUCGUCAGGGAACUGUCUACCAUUUAGAAGUGAAAACGUGAUUUGUGUACCGCUCCUUUACUUCUUACACUUACGCCGUCAUACAAAGGCCUUACUCGAAACUAUCAGUGGAGCCCUUUUUUUUUGGUUAGAAAGGUCGUCAGGAAAUUGUCUACCAUUUAGAAGUGAAAACGUGAUUUGUGUACCGCUCCUUUACUUCUUACACUUACGCCGUCAAACAAAGGCCUUACUCGAAAUUAUCAGUGGAGCCCUUUUUUUGGAAGGGCUAUUUUUGCUGACUCAGGUAAAAAUUGCGCGAAGCAUUAAUACCAGUAAAAAAUAUUUGAUCGUUGAUUUUUUUUUUGCCAUGUGAUUGCUCUUUUGGCGAAGGUUUAAAACGUCAGAAAGUUGCAUUUACUUUGUGAUUACUUGUCACUAUUAACUAUACUUUCUCAGAUGAAGGCCAUUUUCCAGUGAACAACCUAAAUUUUACGACAUAAUCCUACUUUAUUUGGUCAAAUUUCCAUACAAUUCUCACGUUCUCAGACGUUUUCUUCCAAUCAAAUUCGCGUUUAGCUACCUUAGACUUCACCCCAUCACGAGUUGAUUCCUUUUAAAGAACCUGCAUUUUAUCACGUAUUCAGCCCACGCAGGGCGGAGUCCAGAUAGGCAACAACCAUUUAAGAAGCCUACGUUGUUAUGCCCUCGUGAAAGUCUUUGAAAUAUGAAACUUUUUUCUUCAGCCAAAGUAUUUUCACUUUUCCGCCAAAUAUCUUCGUUUAGAGGCUACUGGGGACAAAACAGAGUUUCGGUUUACUUUCCAUAGCAAAAUGAUGUGGAAGAAUAUUUUAUGAGGCAAUCAAGUCUAAAUAGGGAGUUUAUGAUCCACGUUUGCUUCUGAAUACGUGUGACCGCAAACGUCUAGGAGUCACGUUACCAGACUCUAGCGGUCAAGGUCGCCGUUUGCGGUCCACGCUUGAACUUCGGGCAAGGCAGUUUCAGGUACUUCAACUCCCUGGACGCUUUUCCUCUUCCUUUUCGAAAGAUCUCACUUAUUUCCUAUAAAUAGAUGUGGGGUGAAGUCUUUUCUUUAUAACUAAUCCUUGUGGGACACAUUUUGUCUUUGAAAUGAAGGACCUUCAUCCUAUGUGUAAUUCAAGAUGGCGGCGCACAUGUUGACAUGUCGACGUCGAUCGAAAAAGCUGAAAGUCUCGAGACUUCUAACUUCUAACCACAAACUGCUGACCGCGGUGUGACGUUAGCGGUGAACACACCAAACGUGAACUCUCUAAAGACUUUUGUCUCUGACGAAAGAACGCCAGUAAAAAUGGUCUCAGCCUGAUCCCUAUUGAACGAUAUUUUAAUUUGAAUCUUUUGAAAGUAAAUACACAUUUUCCUUUGUAAAAAUUCAAACAUCAAUUUCUUUGUGUCCCAUUUCAAACCUCCCGUCCAAAAAUAUAACUUUUGCAUGCGUAGCAGGCGUGUGUUUCUUCAUUGUCAAUGGGUCGCGACAAAGAUCGAAGAAUAGAAGACUAACAUCUAAUUUUUACGUACAAUGUCACCCUUGAAUCACCCAUUAAGGUCCCAAGAAUAAAGAAAAUGUUCACCCACUAAAUAUGGAGAUUAUGUAUACUGAUGUUAGUGUUUAAAGGGUUAAGUAUUCUUGUUGCGGAUAAAAAAACGCACGUGUUGGUGUGCACCCAAUUUUUCCUCCUAGGCUGAACUCUUUGCGUAAUCACUGUGAAGUUGUUCAUGGGUAACACCCGUUUUCGAAGAUUUCGAGAAUCCUGUUUCGCGAAAUUUGCUGUUCCCGUACCACUUCCUUUUCGUUCGCCACCAAAACCAUGGAAUAUACUUUGUGGUUGUAAUACAUUUCCCUCGAGACCACAGUCCCCAAACUCAACAUUAAUUCUUAUUUACCGUCACGAAAUUUGAACCUGGCACAAUCGUACUUCAAAGCUGUUCAAAGUGCUCUUGUAUCGGUCCUCAAGCGCGUAUGACGCAAUAAUAAAUCGCUUACAUGGCGAACGGUUGGUUUGGCUCACCAGAAGAAAAAUGAAAAUUAAUUAAAGAUACGGUUCAGACCUCGUGCUUUCAUCAGAGGAAGCGAGAUCGAAUUGAGAUCGAAUUUAGAUCGGCGGGAUCAGAUCAGCAAAACCUGCCCUUUGAGUUUGAUUCCAAAACCGAACUCAGUCAACCAAACUUUAUUCAUAUUGAGUGAAAAACAAACUCAACUGCUGACAAAAUACUUUGAAAGCUCAUAAAAAAAAUUAAUACCUGAGGGUCAUUUGGUGAAAAUUUCACCGGCUGAGUCGUUUGAUAUUCAAAUAGCCGUUAAUUUUCUCCUUGUUUAUUCAGGGUUUUAGGUUCAGUUCAUGAUUAAAUCGAGGUAUUAACUUGUCCUUACAUAUACUGGUAUCGUAUCUGUUUUAUCAACAGGCGAUUUCGCGCGUGGAUUCGCGACCGAAGUUGGAGCGCUACCUGAAGAGAUUUUGCAGACGACUCAUUUGUUGUGAAUUCUUUUUGAGUUUAAAGCCGGUACCAACGCCAUGCCCCGAUCGCUGCCAAGCUGACGGUGGGAAAGAGUUACUUGUACUCGAUGUAGUAAAAAAAAUACACAUAUGUGAUGGCCAAAAAAAAGUGGAGACUUUCUACUGUCGGAUAUGUUGUGGAACAGGCUGAAUGAGAAAAGAGUGUUAUCUGAACUCUCAAAAAAUUAGAUAUUUGGUUUUUAUUUCAUCGCUGUAGAGCGUUAAUUUUGAAGUUUGUGCUAGAUUACGUAUGUUAAUAUUAAGUGUCAACGUUUUAGUUAUUUAAUCAAUGUUUGGGAAGUACUUAAAAAACGACAUACAUCACUGACAAAGAGACUAAACUAAACAAAAAAAAAACAGUACUCAUUUUCCUGCGCUAUAAUUUUUUUUUCGCGGACGGCUGGUUUAUUAAAGUAAUCGCGCUCCCUCUAAAUACAGAUGUCGAACGAUGAAGUUUCCUUCCUUUAAAUAAAUUAACAUAAACUUUUCUCACUUAAGACUUCCUGAGGAAUUAAUUACGCAAAACUUUUUUUCAAGUCCAUUUAGUUUUGUUACAUGAUUGGGUGAUGAGGCUUUUAAAUGAUCUAGGAUAAUGCAUUUUUUCCAAUUAAAAACGAACAUUUUGAACAGAAAAGUUGAAUAGUCUGCCGCCAGGUACCAGCUGACAUCGAAAGAAAGAAUUCUCGUUAAUAAUUUAUGAAGAAGCCGAGUGACGAUAUCAGUCUUUUACAACUUUGAAUUUAGCUAGAUCUUUGCUCAUCUUGUUCCAACGGCGUUUGAAAUAAUGUUGGGAAAUGUGACUAAAAUUCUCAGGGUUAUCGUUAAGCGAUUUUGAGCGCGAUGAUUCAACUGCGAUGCUGCCUUGUGCUCUAAGUAAUUGAAAUCUCUUUGUUGGUAUCUUAACGUUGACGACAAUGGAAAUGCUUGUUUUUCACUGUAUGGGCUAAUAACUACUUUUUGUAUUUCAGAUCAAGGAAAUCUCCAGGGUCCAAAGGGCUUGAAAGCGAAACGUUCCCGUGAAUACUUUGAAGUCAAGCAUCUAGGAGUCGAGAAAAAGAAGCGAGGCCGGAAGCGGAAGUCGGAAUAUUUACUUCCAGGGGACCCUAACAACGUUGCCACAAGGACCCUGGUGGAGAACGGUCUAUCAAUCGUAGGGGCGUCCUUCAAUGUGGCACAGGGGCAGAAGAUCUCUUCUGCGACGACCACAGCAACGACCACCAUUUUACCUGUUCAGAAUGUUACCGUUACUUCUCAAACCCCUGGGACUGCCGUUGUAAUCCCUCAGGGAGUUUCUCCUGGGGUUUCUACUUCAACAGUUACAGUUGGAAACGUGGGGUUCCAGGUUCCUGGAAAUGUAACGAUGCCCCAUCCUUCACCAAGUACAGUAAAAAGCGUACCGUUACUCGUACCCCAGGGGAAAGUUCCUUUGGCGCAUCCUCAACGUGGACCCGUUCCGAUUAACGCUUUGCCAGGAGGAAAACCUGUUAUGAAAGAGGUGAAGGUUGUGUUCUUUUCUCUCGCUUGUUUGUAUCAGCCGUUACAGUGUCAAUUCUUCUCUUGUGUAUUAGUUUACUUCUUAGACUAUUGUGACUGUGAAUAUACGAAAAUCCCAUGUGUGAACUGCGGAUAGAGAAGUAAAUACGAAAGCGAUCCUCGCAGUCAUGAACAUCACUUAAGCAGUAAUGAAAGUAGGGCCUGAAAAAAAUUCAAGGCCUUAUUUAUUACUUCAACAACAUAAUGACCAGCCCUCACUUGGCUGGUUAGCUCAGUUGGUAGAGCACUGCACCGGUAUCGCGGAGGUCAUGGGUUCAAAUCCCGUACAGUCCUGAAUUUUUUUCAGGCCUUAUUUUCACUACUGCUUCAGUAGUGUUCUUUACUGCGAAGAUCGCUUUCAUAUUCACAUGUUAUUGUGUUAGCGGUAACCCUCUGGCUGUGCACUGAUGAAAUUCUUGGCUUUUAUCACGUCUUGGUUGGAGUGAAGUAAUGGACGAAUCUUUGUCAUAUAUUUUGGGCCAUUCUUGGCAAAGUCGGAAAUUGCCUUGUAAUGACAGGACCCCUUGAAAUAUUGGUAUUAAGGCAGAAAAACACUAACAAAGGAGGAACAGACACUAGAAAGCGUAUGGACGAUAGCGCAGAUUACAAAAGAAGGCCUUGAAAACUCCAGGCUUAAUUUCAAGAUGUCCAAAAAACCCUUUACCUAGUUGUUUUAAUGUCUAGUUAACUGUUGAUGACAGUCUGAUAGUCGGGAAACGCCACCGAAGCUUUUUCCAUAACAUGCUAUGUUUAACAUUAUGUUAUUUAACAUAAUUGCGUUGUACUUGCGUAGCUACGCCUCUCGCGAUGCAUAACGUACAGCAAAUUUUUCUUACCAAAUGAAAUUCUUCCUUUCUCUCUUAAGGGAGGUCAGACGCAUAAUCCUUCCAGUGGAAACAGUCCCAUAUCGUUACCGGAUGGCACAAGUCGAAUAGUCACCAAUGUGUCAAGCCAAAGAUUUGCCACAAGUGCCACGAGCUCUGGAACGACCAUCACGUUUGGCCGCGCCCCACCCAACGUUACCAUAUCCAACUGUACUCCUCCACCGCUGACCAAGAUUGCUACAGAGGCCAGUAGCAGUCACGUGACCGCAUCUACAAACAUGGCGGUAGAACCAGCGAAUCAACUUGCGAUUCAUGCAGUUUCCGCUGUUCAAACCGCCAGCAGUGUGUCCGUGCCGCCACCUUACUCUACUAGCAGUGCGCAUGGUCCACCCGUAUCCAGAGCCUCGUAUGGCACGCCUACCACAGGACAACUGUCCGUAAACACUGGCUACAGACCUGCCACAAGUCCGCCAGUGUAUCCUCGACAAGUAUUGAGUCCAAAUCCCGGAGGAGUGAUCCGCCAUCCCGGAGUUCACCCAAAUCCUCCGGGGACGUCAUCUGCAGUUCCAAUCAAACCAGGUGGUGGGACACCUCCUCCUCCCCCACUUGUUCCCAAUGCAAGGGUUGGCCAAGGAGGACGUCCCCAAGGGAUGUACGUUCAAGCUCAGCCGAACAGCAGCAGUAUGCCACCGCCUCGCCCUGGAAUGCACACUCACCCUCCAUCUUACAAUCCCAUAGCAGUUAGGACAGGGGUAGUAAACCACCACCCACAAGGAAAUACUCCGCCGCCUCCCCUCAGCAGCUCCCCAGGGGUUUCAAGCUCCAGCGGACAGCCUCACCCAGGUUCGGGAGAUAGGGUGGUUUCGCAAGCGGGCGUCGCAACUAUGUCCCAAAGGCCAAUUAUGCCAAACUAUCCAGGGAUCCCCCGAUCAAUAAAUCCUGGUAUGUCUCCGCGGAAUGCCCCCCUGAGGUUCUCGAGUGUCAGAGCACCCUUAGGAAGUGGGUAUCCCCGGCAUCCUCCUCCCAUGCGUCCCCAGGGAGGAGCUCCGUUGAAGAUGCCCCCCCAUCAACAGGUAAGAUCACAUUACAAGUAUCGUCGUUGCUUCUCCGGCCUUUUUUGCCUUUUUGUCGCUCUAGUUUAACAGAGAAUUUAGAAUCUCUCUUCUCGAUGAUCCACAAGCAUAGAUAAAUACACUUUAACUCCCGAGGUCCCUGAAAAAUAACAACCUUCGCGGAAAAGAAUUGAUUUAACGAAGGUAGUCUUUUGUACAAUAACUGACGUGAUCGUCCGUAAAUGGGUAGUGCUGAAAAUCACACGAAGCAACUAGUUCCUUUUUCACGUGUUUACUGUUGAACAUUUAUUUGUUACUGAAUUUUUCUUUAGAGCUUCAAAUUGCCAUUCCCAGUGCCUACAGUGUCUGGCAAUGUACAGCGAAGUGUUGGAUCCAGUUUACCUGGCAUUACGUUAGUGGAUUCGGUAUCAAUGUCAAAAUCUCACCUUGCGCCAACCCCGAUACAACCGAAAAGUUCCAUCGAGCAUUUACAAGCCCUCACGAACGCGACCGAUAAAGACACGAAGAUAACCGAAGAGAUAACCAUAAAAGAAGAGCAAGAAGACGAAGAAAGAAAAAUGGCGGACGAAGAAGAAGAAGUAGGAGAAGGAGAGGAAUUAAUUGGAGACAAAUCACAAUCGCCUCCGAAGAGAAACCUUUGGUGGCUGAAAAAGAAGCGUAGAAAACGCACACGAUUGACCUACAUUAAGUCGAAAUACCGUCGGAAGGACGAAGAAGGCGCGCCGAGCACUUCCGAAGUAGCUGCCAUGGAGGAAGAAGUUGAACUCGACGAUCUUCCGAAAUCUCCUUCAGGGGAAAGACCAAAGCGAGGCCGGCCGCCAAAGGGCAUAGGGUUUCGAUUCAAGACAGAGAGCUUCUCGAAUAGUGAUCCAGAUUGGGACGAGACAGAAGAGAGAAGGAGAGUAAAGCCUAUAAUUAAGAAAAGGAAAGGACGAAUGAAGAAAGGUAUUAUUUUUCUUACUGAGGGUUCAUUGCUUACGAUAAAACGCGGUCAUUUUUUCCUACUAACUUUUAGAAGGAUAUGAAUUUAAAGUGGUCCUUCUUAAAUUUUUUUUAACGAAACUAGUAUUUUUCACCUUUGUUUUUGUUUUCAGAUUCUAACGAAGUAACAUCACCUAAACUGAAAUCCCCAGGCUUGGGCGGGCCGUCGCAAAUCCCGAUGAUCCCUGGUGUACCUGUGGUUCGAGAGUUGGGUACCGCAGGACCCUCUGGUUCCACCUCGCCUAUGGUUCGCUCGCCGUCAGUUUCUCGUGCACAUGCCCACCAUGGAACAGGGAUGCCUGGCGACAAGCGCAUCACUUCUCCUAAGGGUGCUAAGAUGAUGCGCAUGAGCUCUGGAACGGAUCCUAGAGGUACGAUAAAACAUGUUAUGAAUCAGAAAAAGAUCAUUACUCACGUAAAGUAAAGAUAAAGCGAUUUCUGAUUGAAGGUCAUAGCAGCCAAUCAGAAGAAAGGCAAUUAUCACAAGAAGCGAAUCAGAACUCGAUUUGUAAUCCUGUAAAACUGUCUAUCAGUAAGGAGCGGGAAACUGCGAUUAACCAAGUCGCAAGUGGUCACCUUUUAAGUUAGCACCUGGUCGGGUGAAAGUGCAGUGUGAAUUUUCCGGGGCGAAGGAAAUUCAUACUCAUGAAAUUUGGUAUGAGGACACAAUUGUCUCUGAGUUGAGCCUUCAAGUCCUUUUUUUUCUCAGUGGUAUGGCACCCGACUAGUUAAAGAAAGGUUGACACGUUCGAAACUUGAGGAGGACCCAGAUUUUUUUUCAUCUUGCAGCAGGGCCUUCUCAUCCUUUUUGAUUUAGUUAUACCCCUCAUCCUACUGCAAGAGCUCUUUUACGAGCGGUAAAAAAUCAUAAAUGAGUCGUUCUUUUACCAACCGCUAUCUUAUCAUCACUCUAGUUUGCCGAUACUCUGAGAGUAUUUUUAGGAGAGUACAUUUGUUUUUCCACUCAGGUCACCACUCUGCAUCAAGAUAUUCGCCUUACCAUUCCCCGACGUCAAACUCACCCUUCUCCCCCUUGGGGAAUCGACCCAUACGCCCAAAGCCGUUCUGCGUUGAUGUCGGCACUAAUACGUCACUUCCGGGCUGCGUUAAUGGCCGAUCACCAGACCUCCCCGCUAAUCCUUCCACGUGGUCAGUGGAACAAGUUGUGAGAUACGUGCGCUCAACGGACUGCUUACAUUAUGCUAAUAUAUUUUUAGAUCAGGUAAGUGCAUGCAGCUACACUGUUACGUUCUUGUAUUAAGAUUCGUUUGAGAGUGACGCCCCACGCGGUGCUUUUUUUUUAGUCGAGAGCUUAAUAUUACACUUUUGGGUGUCGGUUAGCCCCAAACCAUUUAACGUCACUGAUGUGUAUCGUAAUCUUUGACAGGAAAUCGACGGCCAAGCACUGAUGCUGUUAUCACGUGACUCCCUGAUGCAGUUCACGCGAAUGAAACUGGGACCCACGUUGAAGAUGUGUAGCUAUAUUGCUCAGCUCAAACUUCGAGCGCGAUAAUGCUCACAGUUCUUCCAAGUUCUCACGCACCUCCUUGAGUAUUCCCAGAAAGUUAAUAAGUUAACGGGUCAUAUUGGACACCAUUUGGAGCUAGAAACCCAGGAAAAAAGUAUUCUUGGAGGAAAGUUUCUUAUUUUUACGACGCAUGGACUCAAAAGUUACGUUUUGUACGCCGUCACGAAAUUUGCUCCAAUGGCUUGUUCUUAGUCCGACCGUCAUCUGGUCUCCUUUGCAGCCGCUGUUUGGUCUCGUCACGCAGUGCGCUCUCUCCCACGCCGAGGGUACUCUGUGGGACGGAGUGUGUCGCAUGAUGAAACCGAACACUUCUGCGAAGGAGACUAGCCGUCUUCCUAAAUUAUUAAAAACUGGUGAAAAUAAGAAUUUGCUUUCACUUCAGAUUCAACGACGUAUGACUUUGGGUUCUAACCUCUGUUAUCAACGUGAUAAACAAGUGUAAUUUCCUCGGGAGUAAAACUCCUCAGAGAUUCCGUUAUCGGAGAUAAGACGACUAACACAGCUUCAUAGAGGUUUACGUAAGGGGAGAAUUUGGCUCUGGAAAAGUUAUUUGAGGGAAAGUUUGUGGAUAGCUAAAAGUGGUUUAGGGAUAGUUCUUUGCCCACUCUGGUUUUUUCCUUAUUUCGUUAGGGUGAUGUAUUAAAUUGAGAACGCGUGUCGACUGAGUGACGUAAAACCAAAUCUUAAGUAUCAGCGGACAAUGUCAAUACGUUUAAGGAUUCGUGGAAAGUUCAAAAAAGAAAACGAGCAAACUUCCUGAGGUGUGCCAGUCUAAGUCGUGAUUUGCUUUAUUAGCUUGGCUUCUGAUUGGUUCAAGGACUGUUUCGAGUUUUUUUCGGUUUCGACCAUUCAAAGAGUAGGGACUGGGGCAAGUCUAUUUAGAACAAUCACAGAGUAUGUCAAAAGAAAACUAUUGCAAUCCCACGGUACUUUGAGACACUUGAAAAGAGCUUUCACAACAAUUCUGAUUAUUCCUAGAUACCUUUUGCAAGUUUGAGUGUGUUUUCUUAUUCUUUCUAUCCUAUAACCACAGACUUGAGAAGUAAAUCAAUCCCAGGUAAAUUAUGCCAGACCAUAAGAUUAAAAGUAGGAAUAAUUACAAUAAAUUAAAUUGAUAGAGGUGUUGUCGGCGCCUACCGUAUGCAGCUCGUUUUCAUUCGCGAGAUUAACAUUUUGAUACUUUAAAAUUGUAUAGAGUGACAUAUUUUAUGUAACAUAAUUUUUCCUGUGAAUUUGAUACUUACAAAUUUAGAGGACAAGUCCGCGGCACUCUUGGAAAGUGAUGGGUGACGUGUUCUCAGGACGGGAAUGAGUUCGGGAAAGAUCGACAAUCAUCGGAAGUUGUUGUGCAGCAACAUAACAUUCAUCGGUUUCCAAGAAUGCAAAGCCAGAAUUAGUAGUUCAGAAGUCUUCUAAAGACCGAGUUUUUGUCAAG